AUGGAGGAGGAGAAGGAGGGGGAGGGAGGAGGGAGGACUAAGGAGGGAGGAGGAGAGAAGCCUCAUGUCUGGAUCUCUUGCAGCACAGGUCCCCUCGCCGGCCGCCGCCGCGUGUGGGCGUCGGAACGGCGGCUCCUCCAGCAGGUGUUUGUGGCUGGCGCCGGGGAGAGGGCCCCGCACCAAGGGCAGGCGGGCGGGCGCGAGGCCGUUCACCCGAGAGGGCGCAGGAUGGGCAGAACGAACGGUGCUCUUAGGCGCGCUCGCGACAAUGUGCAGCACUGCACUCAUGGCCUGGGAGGGAAGGGGGGCGGAGUUCAGCUCAAGUCGGCUGGCCCUUGGAGGCGGUCAACUCGCACCACGGGCGGUGCCGUGAACGCUUCUGGGCGUCGCACUGCGACAGCGAUAUGA